CUCAGCCAUGGCUUCCGGUUGUUAGCAGUCACGAAGCAGUGCGGGCGCCGGCCGGCUGCGUGCCCGGGGUCCGAAAAACGCUGCCGCUUUUCUCCCCGGCGGCCGGGAUCUCCGGGCCGCGAUCGGGGAGGGCCUUGGGACCCCGUCCCGAGGAGCGGGCCUCGGGGCGCCGCGGCCGAGCGCGGGCGGCAGCGGCAGGACGGAGCCCCGCGCCCGGGUGGGAGAGAGGGGCGCUCGCAGCGGGGCGGCGUGCCGCCGCAGUGCCCGGCCGCCGGCGAGAGGGGUGCGGAGGGGCCGAGCCGGAGAGCGGCCUGCCGCGCGGCACGGGGGUGCGGUCCCAGCUCCCUGCUGUUCUGCGGGGGAUCUGCGUGCAGACGCUCUCCUUGUUUGCGAUAACGUGGCGGCCGCGGGUCGCUUCUCCUCGCUUGAGGCUGCAGCUGCGGGACGCGGCCCUGAACAGGAUUCCCGGAGAAGUGAAAGGCGGCCGGAGGGCAGCGUGCGGCGAUGCUGGUGGAGGUGCGCGGAAGAGGAGCUGUAAGGAGCCUGCAGGAAACCUUUGUGUCCUGUGCAACCUGGGUGUUUCCAGGAUAAGGCCGCACCAACCCGGGUGCGCUUCGGCAUCGCGGCUUUGCACUCAGAACCGCAGAGCUGCGGAGACAGUCGGGCACCCGGCUCCUCUUUAAGAACGAGGAGGAAGCAGGAAGUUUGCAAGAGAUUUGAGAGACAGUUGCACAGUUUCCUUCCGAAUUUGCUCUGAGAACCCCCAUUAUUUAUUCAACAUAACAUUCAAGUCUGUGCUUUGCCUUUCACCAUGACACGUGGGCCAACCUCACAUCUGUCCUGCAGCGUUCUGGGCUUGACUUGGCAGGUUUCUGCUGAGCAUGCUUGUUCAGUGUUUGCUUCGUAAUCAAACGUGUGGGUAGCAGAACUGUUCUUUUCAGAAGAACUAUGCAUGUGCUUAAACUUAAAGAUGGAUUCUCCCAAAGAACCUGCGCCUACAGGAGAGUUCAAGUGUCAGCUAUGUGGCUUAACAGCUCCAUACACAUACUAUGGGCAGAAGCCACCCAACACACACUCUAUUGUGAUUUUGGAAGACAGUUAUGUCAUGAAGGACCCUUUCACCCCCGACAAAGAGAAAUUCCUCAUCCUUGGGUCUCUGUGCAGUUUGUGUAGAAGAAGUGUGUGUGUUGGUGCAGAAUGUAGUCUGUUCUACACUAAAAGGUUCUGCCUCCCCUGUGUGAAUGAAAACUUACAGGCUUUUCCUUUGGAAAUACAAGAAGAUAUGGAUAAAAGGAAGCCCCAGUCAAAGUCUAAGAAAAAAAUGGAUUCAAAAACAUAAAUACUGAAAGACCAAGAGAGAGAGACCGUUCUUCGGCUGAGCUUUCUCCUCUCUCCUUUUUAAGACUAUCGUGUUGCUCCUUUUGAAGCAGUGACCUUCAUUAACUCACUGCUACAGAACACAGCUACACGUUUCCCACUGGCUUGGCUUCAAGCAUCACCAUGCAGCAAUUGCAGCACCAGCAGAAUGGCCUUAGGGUGCUGGAAAAGCAGAAGGAAUGUCAGAAAGGCCUGUUUGUUGCCUUAUCAAAUGCAUGUAGUAAAAAACUGAACAGCGUUAAAGCACAGGAACUAUAUCCCAGUUUCCCAUCUGCUGUUUUAAUGUUUUGUAUGGUUCUUGAUAAUCCUACAGUGUUAUGAAAAAUCUGAGAGAUUUAUCUGACUUAAUUCGCUAUACGUCCAAGAAUGUAAGUAGCAAUUGUGAACCUGCCAUUGUUAGCUUGGUAAGAUUACAGUGAGGAAGGAAGUCAGAGCUUUAUUUUUAAGUCCAAAAUGAUACUGGUGGGACAAAACGUCAUAGAUAGCCACAGAAAUAUCUAAAUUCAAAAUUCCUGUAUCAGUACUAUCACAGAAAGUACAUGCUUUUAUAAUGGCAACAUUUAAAUUUUUUAAAAUAAUAAUUUUUAAAAGGAUACAAAUCUGCAGUCACUUUGCACUCAGCUUUCCAGUCCGUCUCUGCACAGUGAUAGAAGAGGUUACUUUGUAUGGUUUAAUAUGGAAAUCCAGCUACUGAAGUCAAUUAUUUUCUGAAGCGGGCAAUUGAACAAUCAGGAUUUGAGAAACAUAGUUUUAGUAAAAAAUAUAUGUAUAAAAAAUUGCUAGGAGAAAAAGCAAUUUCUUUAGUCUCUAUAUUGGCAUCAUGAAUGUCUGUGCCUUGACUUUGCCAUAAUUACGAGGAAAAUUUAUAUGCUAAUAUAGUCAAUCAGUCACACACCUUGAGGAUAUGUCCAGAGUGCUCCAUAAGCUCCGCAUUCAUGCUUUUAUUUUAUUAUUAAAAAUAUUUGAUUUUUUUUUAUUCAUGCUUUUUUGGUCACUGGUUCAGAACCAGUAUCAAUGCCUCGGUUAACAUUGCUCCUUUUCUCUACUCUUUCAGCUUUGUCAUUUGUUUUAUACGCGAUCCUUUUAGGAGGAUCAGCCAUGUAUCUGCUAGAAGAAAUCAUCAUAAUUUUGAUGAGUUAUUUUAUGUUAUUUAAGACUUUCUAAUGUCCUGGAAUCUUUCACUGUGUUUUUUACUGAACCUCAUGUAUUGGUUUCUGCUGUUGGAGAGUAGAAUUUCUUGCAGUUACUAGAGGAGCAAUCAUGGAUAUAUUGCAACCUUUUUCAAGCUCUACUUUGCACUUGAGUAUGAAAUGCAUAGAUCUCUUUAGUUGCCUAAAAAAAUUCUUGUUAGAACUCAACAUUUCAGAUUCCCUUCUGCAGUAGUAAGAGGUUACUCUUUCAAAUAAAGUGAUGUGCAUCUUGCUUAAAA